AUGGAUCGACGCACCCUGGAAGCUCAGCUUGGCACUAUUAAGGUUCCUAUAGUGCACAUCCCAUGGGCAGGAGAGAUCGCAGCAGAUGUGCCCCAGCUCGAAGCCAGAAUGCUUGAAUGGGCCGAUCAGAAGGGCUUGUUGGUCGACGUAGCCUACCGCGAGCGAGUGAAGCGCAGCCGUUACGCCUGGCUAGCAGCCCGGUGCCAUCCCAAGGCGGCACCCGAGCUUCUGUCAGUCAUCUCGAAAUUCUUCGUAUGGUACUUUGUCGUGGACGAUCUCUUUCUCGACAGGGUGGACAUUGUGACGCCAAACACACUCUCUAACCUGACCGCCAUGAUCGACGUGAUUGAUCUUAACCGUGCAAGGCCCGAGCCUGUAUAUGGCGAACUGGCGUUGCUUGACAUUUGCCAGUCAUUACGUCAACUGUUAUCAGCGGAACAUUUUCAGCGUUUCGCUCAGGGAAUAAGACUUUGGGCCACGACUGCCGGCUUACUCAUUCUGUAUCAUCUCCAGGAGAAGCCGGUAGGGGCGAGCCAAUUUGAAUCCAUCCGCCGCCAUACAAGUGGCGCGGACGCUUGUCUAGCGUUGGCAGAUGCAUCGAAUUGUGGUCCCGUCAAUCCAGAAGAGUUCUAUCGACCGGAUGUGCAGAAACUUUGUCGCUAUACGAACAAAAUUAUCUGCUUGGCAAAUGAUAUCCACAGUUUCAUUGUUGAGGCACGCCAACCGGGUCAAUUUUGGAACAUGGUGUACAUUCGAGCGGCUGACGGUUACACCUUGCAGGAGAGUGUUGACCAUACAGCUGCGAGUGUAUAUGAAGAGCUGGAGAAAUUUCAGAAGCUGGAAUACCAGAUCUUGCAAGAUGCAAGCCCACAAUUGUGUGGCCUUGUGGAUGGUUGCAAGCAAUGGAUCCGUGGGUAUAUGGACUGGGUGGCGCUGGAUACUAAGCGCUACCAGGCGGCAUAUGCUGUUGGUGAUGCUGAUGAUCGAAAUGUUCUUCGCACCCGUCACGUGUAA